AUGGUAUUAGCUAAACCUUUAAAUGUGGCAUUGAUCCAAACGUUGCCUACUGUUGACCUCGAAGCCAACCUUAAGAGAGUCGACGAGUUGGUAGAAAAGGCUAUGACAGAAAAACCAGAAACAGAAAUGAUUGUCUUCGGGGAGCAUUUCUCUACUCCACUUGGAAAGGAAUAUUAUGAAAAGUUUGCUGAAGAGGUUCCAGGUCCAAGAUCGGAAAUGUUGUGCAACAUCGCCAAAAAGUACAAGGUCAAUGUUAUUGGGGGUUCUUUCGCUGAAAAAUACAAGGACACUCUCUACAACACCUCCUUGUCUUUUGAUAAGACUGGUAACAUGAUUGGAUACCACAGAAAAGUCCAUAUGUUUGACAUUGAUAUUCCUAACAAGAUCACUGCUAAAGAAAGUGACACCUUCACCGGAGGAACUUCUGCCACUUUGAUCAAGGUUCCAGAGUUUGGAGUUGUUGGUGAAGGAAUCUGCUACGACAUUCGGUUCCCAGAACUUGCAGCCAUUGCUUCAAGAAAUGAUGCCUUUUGUAUGCUAUACCCAAGUGCCUUCAACACCACCACCGGACCUCUUCACUGGUCACUUUUGGCACGUUCUAGAGCCAUAGACAACCAAGUUUAUGUCAUUAUGUGUUCACCAGGAAGAAAUCCAGACUUCAGUUACCCUGUCUACGGUCACUCUCUUAUUGUGGAUCCAAGUGGAAAGAUCCUUGUUGAAGCUGGAGACGGAGAAGAGAUUCUCUACAGUACUUUGGAACCCGAAGCCAUUGCUUCAUUCAGACGGAACAUCCCUCUUGAAACUCAAAGAAGAUUUGAUGUUUAUAAGGACAUUUCUGAUGGCGCUGUGACUGCGUGUAUUGAAGUUCAGGAUACCGAUAGUGAUAAUUAGGGAUGCUAAUAAAUUAAAUAUCAAACUAAUAUGCCUCUCAAUUUACAGUAACUCGUACACCCCU